AUGCAUAAGACUCAUGACCCUUCUCUCUUUGAUAUCCUCAAGGAAGCUAUGGAAGUUGCUCGACAAGGAAACCGAGUAAUCGAGGAGAGAAACAUACAAGUAUUGGUCGGCCAAAUGCAUAUUGUCAAGGGUCAGUUUGAAGAAGGUCUAAAGAUGUUUCAACAGAUGCAAUACACAAAAGAUCUGCUGAAGAUUCUGGAUAUAGUGCUCUCUCACCAGGGCAUAAAAAACAAAAAUAAACUCGUUCUCCGGCUCAUGGAGCAGCUUGUUUACCCUAAUCCUGCUGCAUACAGAGAUAAACUUAUCCGAUUCUCGACACUUGACCAUACUAAUUACUCUGAGUUGGCACUUAAGGCGAGUCAAUUACUCGAACAGACCAAACUAAGUGAACUUCGUUCAAACAUUGCUAGAAGCCUGUCAGAGUUAGCGGAGGAUGGGGAAAAUAUGGAUACUCCCAAGAGAAAGAGUGCCAUUAAUGAAAGGAUGGAAGAUCUUGUGAGUGCUCUGACCGGAGCAGUCACCACUCCGCUUGAUGUUAUGAAAACAAGAUUCAUGGCUCAGGGAUCAGCCAAACAAUAUCAAGGGAUCAUUGACUGA